AUGGAGUUCAUGUACGCGGCGCCUUACAGCAACCUCUACACAAAUCUGAGAAUGGGUAACGCCUCGGAGCCGUUUGGCUGGGUGGUGCGAGGACAGGACGCGAGUGGGUACAACACUUUCUGGAACCUGCGCAGCGAUACGGGGAAGAUUGCGCUGCCGCCCUACACGUGGGCGCCGCGCGUCACCUGGGUGGACGUGAACGGCGCAGCCGUGUCAACGGUCGGCCCCGCAACUGGGUGGGACAUCGAGACCUCUGGCCCCGUGUGGCCCGAGAAUCUGUGGCUCGCGCAGCGCACUGCCCGCAAGCGGCCGCUCACCCCGGUGCCCCCGACGCGGCACUACGGCCCCGGCUACGGCUGCUUCUCCAACGGCACCAAGUGCUGCACGAAGCCGACGACCGGCUGCCCCAACUGCCCCUCGAACCCGAUGAUCCCAUCUGAGCUCUUUGGCUGCCAGGGCGAGCUCUGGAAAGCAACUGGCCGCAUCGGCUACGAGUGGUCGUGGGCCGGAUACCAGCAGGGCAGCGCCUCCAUCCCCUGGGUGCCCCAGGUCGCCAACCUCAAGACCCAGUUUGGUGCCAAGGGGGACGGCGUCACGGACGACACCGCGGCGAUGCUCAAGGCGCUCGACGCGGUGCAGAGCGGCGUCAUCUUCCUGCCCGCGGGCACUUACAUUAUGACGGCAAUCCUCAACUGGCGCAAGCCCAUCGUGCUGAGGGGGGAGGGCCGCGACCUCACCAAGAUCAAGUUCCCCAAGAGCAUGACAGAGCUCUACGGUAACACCUGGGUGGAGGGCAAGUGGGUCGGGACCUCCCAGUACAGCCACGGCACUGGGUUCAUGAACAUCGGCGGCUGGGACCCCACCGGCCGCGACUUUUCGAAGCUCUCGUGGGUCAGCGCGCCGGCCGCCCAGGGCGACCGCAUCCUGAAGAUCGGCUGCUGCGCGUCGUCGCUGGCCGUCGGCCAGAUGGUGCGGCUGUGGAUGCGCGACCCCGGGGACGGCAGCCUCAUGAGCGAGCUGCACGGCGGCCUGGCGGACAUUGCGCCGGAAUUCAAGGGCUACGCGGACCCUGUGCGGUUCCUAGCACGCAUCGCUGCCAUGGGGCCCGACUGGAUCAAGCUGGACCGCACACUGCCAGUCAGGGUGGACUUGGCCUGGUUCCCCGAGAUCCACAGGUUCAUGCCCAUGAUUGACGGCAGCGCCGGCUUUGAGUACCUCACUGUCUCGUUCCCCUGGACCACCUACCCCGGGCACUUCAAACCCCCCGCCGCCCAAACCACACCCAUCCGCUGA